CUUGUCUGUGGACUAGCCCAUCCUCUUUUGUGUGCAUGUGUGCUGGAAAGAGUGUGUGUUGGGGGGGGAGAUGGGCUCAUUCUCUGAAAACAGGCUGGACAGAUUCAGAGAGAGAAAAUGAGAACAGAUAGGGGCACCAUGUAUGGUCAUUCUGACAUGCUGGAGAUCCAAAUGAGGCCAUGCUGACUACAUAACACCAAGAGGGUCUUCCUUACUAGAAGAUCCAUCCAUCCGUCUGUCUGUCUUUAGCGUUUACCUGAGAGGCAGACGCGAGGGAAGCCGAGGAGGGUGAACGAUGAGCGGAGCCAAAGCCCGCAGCGACGCGCCUGUUGCUGAAAAUGUGUCCGGCGGCGGCGGGCACGGCACUGCGGCGCCUCCGCGGGACCGCAAGCCCGGUGGAGGGGUUCUGAAGAGGCUCAAGUCCCGGAGGAGCCAGGUGGACAGCAGGCCAGUGACGGAGGACGACCUGCGGAAACAGAGCGGACACAUCACGCCGGAGGACGUGCUCGGACUGAGAGUAGCUACUCGAGGGUACCUCUGUAAACCUGAGGAAAAUAUUUAUAACAUCGACUUUGUUCGCUUCAAGAUCAGAGACCUGGAGACUGACACGGUCCUAUUUGAGAUUGCCAAACCACCACAUACAGAUGAUGAUGAGGAGAACAGAGAGGCAGAUGCCAGCGCAGGCAGAUUUGUACGCUACCAGUUCACUCCAGCCUUCCUGCGGCUGCGGACUGUGGGAGCUACGGUGGAAUUCACGGUCGGCAACCGGCCUCUAAACAACUUCCGCAUGAUCGAGAGGCACUAUUUCCGUGAUCACCUGCUGAAGAGCUUUGACUUUGAUUUUGGCUUCUGUAUCCCAAACAGCCGAAAUACCUGUGAACAUAUCUAUGAGUUUCCUCAGCUGUCUGAGAGCCUUGUCCGUCAGAUGGUGGAGUGUCCUUAUGAGACCCGGUCAGACAGCUUCUACUUCGUGGAGAACAGACUGGUCAUGCACAACAAGGCAGACUAUGCUUAUAACGGAGGACAGUGAUAUCAGCCUGCUCACAUACAAACACACACACAGACAUGUGCAUACACUCAUGUAUUCUCUCACUUAUUGCUCUACAUGUACACACAUGCUUACAGCUCAAACACUCAUGCACGCACACACAACUACAGUCACAGAUGAGUUGCCUCUUAUGUUUAUAAGGAUGAAUUGCCAUUAAUUGCAAUCAUUUUCAGGUGAUUUAUUUUAUAUUGAUGUAGGUUUAUAUCGGUCGCUGACAUACAAAUAGGAAGCUGCUGUUGGAAAGAGGUUUGAAAUCAGUUAAUUUUUCUUGUUUUUAUUUGUUGAUAGAUCUCUUUAAUACCAAAAGCGGGCUCAUAACUAGUAGCCAUGGAACAUGUGUCUCAAACAGACCAAAUGGCUGUCAGAUAGAUGGUUAGUCUCCUCUUUGCAGUGUCCUACCACCCAUUCAACACACACACACGCACACAUACAUUUGCACACACACACACACACACACACACACACACACACACACACACACACACACACACACACACA